GCCCCUCCACUGCGCAUCUUCUCUCUCGCGCUGCUGCAGCCGCCACCGCCAUGGCCGGCUCCGCUCUUCAGUCGCUGCCCAAGCCUCGUCCCGGCUGGCUUUUGGCGUCCGGCGCUCUGGCCGUCCUCGUCAUGCUUGGGGCUGCCGCAGCCUGGCGCCGGCGGAGGCGCCUCCGUCCAGGGCGGCGGGAGCUCAAGCCGGUGGGAAGGGUCUCUGGCCUUUUCAUCUACCCGGUCAAGUCCUGCCGCGGGGUGGCCGUGGAGCGGGCGGAGGUGACCGAGCUGGGCCUCCGCAGCGGGGACAUGGGCGACAGGUGUUGGCUUGUAAAAACAGAAGAUGGGCAUACAGUGACCGCUCGUCAGGAGCCUCGGCUAGUACUGAUUUCUGUCACCAGUGAAAAUGGCUGUUUAACUCUGAGAGCUCCAGAAAUGAAGGAUCUUCGUAUUCCUGUCCAACUAUCGGUCAAAAACCCAGUGCAGAAUUGCAGGCUGUUUGGCUUUGAUGUCCAAGGUAGAGACUGUGGAGAAGAAGCAGCUCAGUGGAUCACAACCUUCCUGAAAUCAGAACCAUACCGUUUGGUUCAGUUUGAGCCGAACAUGGUUCCUCGGAAUUCAAAAGAUAUUAUGAAACCUUUCCGACCCACUGAUAAGAUUGCCUAUCCUGACUGCAGCCCGGUUAUGGUGCUUUCUGAAGCAUCUUUAGAAGAAUUAAAUACCCGAUUGGAUAAGAAAGUUAGAAUACACAACUUCAGACCAAACAUUCUGGUCACAGGUUGCAGUUCUCAUGAGGAGGAUACCUGGGAUGAGAUAAUCAUUGGUGAUGCAGAAAUGAAAGGUGCAAUGGGGUGCCCAAGGUGUAUACUUACUACUGUUGAUCCAGACACUGGCAUCAUGGACAGAAAAGAGCCUCUUGAAACCUUGAAAAGUUACCGCCUGUGUGAUCCUUCUGAACGGCAUAUAUACAGAACACACCCUCUCUUUGGAUGGUAUUUCGGAAUUGAUAAAACAGGAACAAUUCAAGUUGGAGAUACUGUGUACAAGGCAAUCUGAUGGUGUAAAUACAUCCAUCACAAAGGGAACUAUUUUGUAUGUUUUUCAUGAAAACUCUGCCAAACAUAAUUGUUUGGGGGCCUUUUUUAAUGAAUCUUUUCUACCUUAUAUGCAACAAUAAUAAAUGUGUGUUAAGACAAA